UCCAAUAGGUCGCGUGGAUUUUUAUUUGGAAAUUCAUUUAUUUGGAAUCUCUUCUGAUUUUCCCUUUAUAUAUAGGGAUGUUGAUCCUUUUUGUCAGCUAAAACAUUAAUCCAUUCUCAUUUCGUCCCUUCAUUACUUUCUAUUCUGUUCCCACUCUCGAACUCAGCCCCCAUUAACCUCUGCAACAUCCCAACACACACAUUCUCUCUCGCUCUGUUACCAGUUUGAUACAAAAGUCUUUCAAGUCAUGUCUUCCUUAUCUCCAACUCAGAGUUAUAAUCAGGAAGGAUUUGAUGGGCAUAUCAUACCUACAGAUCAGAACGUUCUGCAGAAACAUGUUGCAUUCUUCGAUAGGAACCAUGACGGUUUAGUUUAUCCUUGGGAAACUUUUCAAGGAUUUCGUGCAAUUGGCAGUGGUAUUCUUUUGUCCUCCGUGGCUGCCUUCUUCAUCAACUUUUCUCUCAGCCGCACAACCCGUCCUGGAAAAUUUCCUUCUCUUCUGUUUCCAAUUGAGGUUAACAAUGUUCAUAGGGCCAAACAUGGGAGUGACUCUGGUGUCUAUGACACUGAAGGAAGAUUUGUUCCUUUAAAGUUUGAAGAAAUUUUCAGCAAGCAUGCUCGUACACACCCCAAUUCUCUAACAUCAGAUGAACUCAUGGAAAUGCUGAAGGCUAACAGGGUACCAAAGGACUAUGGAGGCUGGCUUGCCAGCUGGACAGAGUGGAAGGUCCUAUAUAAUCUGUGCAAGGACAAGAAUGGUUUGCUGCAGAAGGCAAAAAUCAAAGCUGCUUAUGAUGGAACUUUGUUUGAGCAGAUGGAGAAGGAAAGAUCAUUGGCUAAAAAGAAUGCUGUUGUGUAGCUAAAUGCAUACAGGAAAUAUGGAAUUCAUAAAAUAAUCUUUUUUCAUACUUAGUUCUCAUAUAUAUACCUUGUAAAUGCUUGAAGCAAUAAAGUUUUACUGGCAUAUUGUUCUUCAACUUUUUGAUGCAGUGUUGUGUAGCUAAAUGCAUACAGGAAUGCCUGUCCGAUCUUCUGGCGGCUUGGUUACUGAUUCAAAAUUGUAGUUUAAAUGUUUGUAUCAUUGGUUCAAAUUGUAGAAGUGUUUGAUAAGUUCUUGAACUGAAAAUUUGCUCAAGUUGGUUGUGUAUCUUAAUGUAUUGGAUAAGCCAUAUGGCAUAUUUAUUACAUAUUCGAAGAUGUACGGAAUAAUUUGAACCACAUUGGGGACAAGUUGGAUCAUCAGCAGAUCAGCGGAGGUGGAAGAGAGUUGGGAGAAUGUCUGCACAGGCAGGCAGACAUUCCAAUUACAAGCUCAGGAGCUGAAAUUUCCUAUGGACCAUUUGGUAUUGAAUAGUGUUUUAUGGUGUAUUGUUCUUGGUUUUCAAGUAGAAUAGAAAAGUAACAUAAUAAUUUAUUAACUAGGUUCUUCAUCCUGCAA